CAAUCUUCUCAGUGUUCUUCUAUAUUAAGGGGUUUAUUUUUAAUUCCGAAGUAAAUAAGGUAUUGCUGCCAUAACCAAAUAAGAACGGACUGCUGCGGCUGUAUUACCUUCAGUAAAACUCAUUGAGGAAGUAUUUCCUGGGCCUUGAUAAGAUUGAGACAGAUUGGAUUGGGAGAACAAGUACACAGGGUUGUGACUCAGUUUCCGUAUGAGACUCGUAUCGGAAGUUGGACAUUGACAAGCGCUCUGAGGUCGCCUCAAGCACAUCCCCCAUGUUGACUCGGGACAAGAAACUGUUCACCAGGGGUUUUAUUGACUGAUGCUGUGAUUUUAUGAGUUGAUCAGAGUGGGACUAUAAUGCUAGAGUGACCGAAUCGGGCAGGUACACGGACAGAUAUGGCGGCGCCUUACCACUGGCAGAGUCACAAUGUUAAGACGAGCGGUGUGGACGACAUGGUCCUCCUACAGAAGAUCUCGGAGGGAUCCAUCGUCGAAAACCUCAAAAAGAGGUUCAUGGAGGACACCAUAUUUACCUAUAUUGGGCCCGUGUUGGUGUCAGUCAAUCCAUUCAAACAGCUCCAGAUCUUCACAGACAGAGAGGUGGAGAUGUACCAGGGAGCUGCCCAGUAUGAGAACCCCCCUCACGUCUACGCCCUGGCGGACAAUAUGUACAGAAACAUGAUGAUUGACAUGGAGAAUCAAUGUGUCAUCAUCAGUGGGGAGAGUGGAGCAGGGAAGACAGUAGCCGCCAAGUUCAUAAUGGGCUUCAUCGCCAAAGUGUCCGGAGGUGGCCCCAAAGUCCAGCGAGUCAAAGAUGUGAUAUUGGAGUCCAAUCCUUUGUUGGAAGCCUUCGGAAAUGCAAAGACAGUCCGCAAUAAUAACUCUAGUCGUUUUGGCAAAUACGUAGAGAUCCAGUUCAGUCGCGGAGGAGAACCGGAUGGGGGGAAAAUAUCCAACUUCCUCCUGGAAAAGUCCCGUGUUGUAAGUCAAAACCAGAAUGAACGAAACUUCCACAUAUUUUACCAGAUGUGUUUUGGUGCUGACAACAGACUGAAAGAAUCACUUGGUCUUACUAGCCCAGAUUAUUACAUGUACCUGAACCAGAGCGGGGCGUAUAAAGUGGAUGGAACGGACGAUGUACAGGAGUUCAAAGAUACAAUGCAUGCUAUGAGUGUAGUAGGGAUUCCUGAGGAAAAUCAUGAAGACAUUCUGAGUCUAAUGGCUGCCCUUCUACAUCUGGGAAAUGUUAAUUUUGUGGAGGAUGGAAAUUACGCCAAAGUUCAGAAUGAUGACUUUUUACAGUAUCCCUCGUACCUUUUUGCUGUUGAUGCAGAAUUUCUCCGUCAGAAGCUAACUAGUCACACGAUGGACAGUAAAUGGGGUGGAAAGACGGAGAGAAUUGAGGUCACUCACAAUGUAGAACAGGCCGAGUUUACGAGGGACGCCCUGUCUAAAACUCUGUACUCAAGGAUCUUUGACUUUCUAGUCAACUCAGUGAACAAAGCCAUGAGGAAAGAUUAUGAGGAAAUCAACAUUGGAAUUCUAGAUAUCUAUGGAUUUGAAAUAUUUCAAAAGAAUGGAUUUGAACAAUUUUGUAUAAAUUAUGUGAAUGAGAAGUUACAACAGAUAUUUAUAGAACUGACAUUAAAAGCUGAGCAGGAAGAAUAUGUACAAGAAGGAAUAAAAUGGACGCCUAUCGAAUACUUUAACAAUAAGAUUGUCUGUGAUUUAAUCGAGAGUAAAGCGCCCCCUGGAAUCAUGUGUAUCAUGGACGAUGUGUGUGCGACGAUGCAUGCAGUGUCAGAGGGAGCGGAUCAAACCUUGCUGCAGAAACUAUCGAGUGGGGUAGGGAGCCAUGAGCACUACCAGGGAUCUAGUAUCGGUUUUGUUGUCCAUCAUUAUGCAGGGAAGGUGUCAUAUGAUGCAGAGGGGUUCUGUGAAAGAAACCGAGACGUUUUGUUCCAGGAUCUAGUCAUGUUGAUGCAAUCCAGUCAAAAUGAGUUUUUGGCGAGUCUGUUCCCAGAAGAUGUCAGUCAACAGACCAAAGGAAGGCCGAGUACAGGCUCCAGUAAAAUCAAGACUCAGGCCAACAAGUUGGUAGAAACUUUGAUGAAGUGUACCCCCCACUAUAUACGAUGCAUCAAACCCAAUGAAACCAAGCGAGCCCGCGACUUUGAAGACAGCAGGGUGAAGCAUCAAGUGGAAUAUCUUGGACUAAAGGAAAACAUCAGAGUCAGGCGUGCAGGAUUCGCAUUCAGAAGAGAGUUCUCUAAAUUCCUGAGAAGGUAUGCGAUCCUGACCCCUGAGACGUGGCCGCAGUGGAGAGGGGACCCCAGACAGGGCAUCAAGCACCUAAUGAACUACGUCAACAUGGACGCCGACCAAUGGCAGCUCGGCAAGACCAAAGUGUUCAUCAAAAACCCAGAAUCUCUAUUUUUACUGGAAGAAAUGAGAGAGAGAAAGUUUGACACAUAUGCCCGUGUAAUACAAAAAGCGUACAGGAAGUACCAUGCCAGAAAAACGUACUACAAGCUGCGGGAAGAAGCGUCGGACAUUUUGUACAAUAAGAAGGAGAGAAGGCGACACAGUUUGAACAGGAACUUUGUGGGUGACUACAUUGGAAUGGAGGAUCAUCCAGCGCUACGCGUAUUUGUGGGAAAGCGGGAGAGGAUAGAAUUCGCUGAUACUGUGCUGAAAUUUGACAGGAGAUUCAAGAUUGCCAAGAGAGACCUUUUGUUAACUGGAAAAAAGAUCUACUUGAUUGGUAGAGAAAUUGUAAAGAAGGGUCCAGAGAAGGGGAAGAUGAUUGAGGUUCUAAAACGUGAUAUUCCCAUAGAACACAUCAAACAGGUGUGCCUCAGUCCUCUUCAGGAUGAUAUAUUUGUGAUACACAUAGAAAACGACUUCAGCAGUAUGUUAGAGUCCAUGUUUAAAACAGAAUUUCUGAUGACCUUGAAGAAGCGUUACAAGGACAAGACGAACCGAGAGCUACCUAUCAGCUUCAGUGAAGCAAUUGAGUUCCCGGUGAAGAAGGAGGGUUGGGGAGGAGGAGGAUCCAGGGUGAUUAAGUUCCAUCGCCUCCCCCAGCCCAGUGACAUAGCCACCCUCAAACCCUCAGGGAAGACCCUCAACGUCUCCAUAGGGCCAGGCCUGCCCAAGGACUCGCGUCCAGGGAAAACAAAGAUGGCGGUCAAUAAUGGCAGCAUGCGAUCUCGGCGGGCUGGGUCACAGAGAGGGCCCCCCUCACGCCCUGCCCCCACCCGACCCCCACCAAACUUUGCUCCUCCAGCAAUACCUGGGACAGAGCCAGCCCACACAGGAGGGAAACGUCGUUCUCGCCUUAACAGUGACCACGCCCCUUCACUGCCUCAGGGCGGAUUUCAACAGAUGCUCCGUAAAACCGGCAAGAAUGUGCCUGUAAAUAACAACUUCAUGGCCACACCCGACGCGGGGCAGGCAGGAAUUUUAGCGCAGUUAGAUCAGGAUCGGAUAUCGACUCAAAUCCAGCGAAGGAAAUCUAGUGGGAAACCCCCACCCCCUGGGGCAGGUCGGCCCAAACCCCCGCCCCAGAAACCCAAGCCCAGCCUCCCAAAGUGUCGCUGUCUGUACGCAUACGAUGCUCAGGAUACUGAUGAACUCAGCUUCAACGAGGGCGACACCAUCGAAAUCCUCAAAGAAGACCCGGCGGGUUGGUGGAGGGGGAGAUUACGUGGUAAGGAGGGGCUGUUUCCUGCCAACUACAUAGAGAAGAUAUGAUCCACCACACAACGCUACACAAUGCUGCUUCACCAACUGGUGCCUCUCCACUCACAAAAAGUGACUAGAUUUAUCUGUGACACAUGCGGGACCGUUGAUAUGUCUUCUUAGUUCAUGAUACGUUUGUCAGUAUGUGAUGGAAUAAGGUGUUCUAAAAGUGUUCCAUUAAUGAAGAAGGGAGCAUAAAAUCUUAAGAUUAACAACAUAUCACCAUGGCAAGAAACAAGGGGCAAAUAACUCUGUCAGAUCUGUUUAAACCUCAUUAAAUCAUGUCGGCAAUGAACUGGAUAUAUAUCUCCUUCUAUGCAAAACUUUUACUUGCCUCAUGUUCGUUAAAAUUUCCUGCUCAUUGCAAUUAUUUUGUGUCAUUUAAACUGAUGAAUUGUUAACGAGUUGAUAUUAGAGAUGAAGUUUAUUGUCACUGUGUUGAAGGGGUUUAUCUCGUGAUUCAACAUGAAAGUGAGAGAAGCUAUUGGCAUUUAUUUCUGUGACCUUAAAGUGUCAUCUUGUAAUGGAGUCAGCCUAUGUAUUCAAAUCUGAUUGUCUCAUAAAAGUAGACUUGCUAGAUAUGUCCAGUGGGAAGGUAUGGUACUUAGAUCUUUAGUAAAACAGGCUUAGGAUGUUAUAGAAUCUGAUAUUAAGUAUAUUUUAGCAAAUUUUACAGCUGUAGUUCUAGAGGUAAUAAGAUUUUUAGUUUUAAAGUAUGUUAUUGCUUCAAUGUAAGCCAAGUUAAUAUACAUUAUAUUUGCUAUUUCAUAUCCAUUACCAUUCUUCUAGAGUAGAACACUUAUUGAUGAAUAAUUGUUAGCAAUAUACAUGUAUUAAUGAUCAACAAACGAAAAGUCAUGUUGGACCAUGCAUACUGUUCAGUUCUAAAGUUGUCAACCAUUCCUCUAUGCUAUAUUACUAUGCAUUUCUCUCCGUCCUUCUCUCAGAGUUAUCUUCAGGACAUACCUCCUGUUAUUUUAAAUCAAAAUUAGCAUAUCAAAUUUUUAAAAUCGAUAGUUAAUAUGGAACAUUUCAUUUCUUGAUAACAACUGAUGUUUUGAGAACUUUUACUCCGAAGAGUGUUGGAGACGUAUAUCCUUGGUGACUAUUUAUUUCAAACAAUCUAGGCUUUAUAACAAAUUCUGAUGUCUCACCCUUUGUUUUUGGAGCAGAUGCUCUGCUUGUUGUUUUGAUUAUCCAGUGAUUAUCUGAAAUAUCACUGAAAGGUGCUUGAAUGGAAUACCAGAUGUCGGGAGUGUGCUGAGAAAUUAACUGUUGUGGAGAAAUAUGUUCAGUUCACCUGCAUUUGUGACAUUCCCAUUAUUGAUGAACUGUUUAUGGAUUAAUGAAUGUGAUACACACCAGUCAAAUCUAACGUGAUGUCACCAUGACCAACCAAUUGUUACUCUGUUAUUAAGAUCUGUUAUAUUUUUUUAACCACAAAUAUUUUUAUAUGCAUAUUUUCAUUAUUCAUUAAAGAAUAUUACAUAGCUUAUAACAAA